UACGGUCUUGCACUGACUAUCUACCGCAUUUGGUUUCAUCCACUCGCUGGCUUUCCUGGUCCAAAGCUGGCCGCUGCGACAGGGUGGUACCAGACGUAUUACGAGGUUAUGACCUACGGAAAGCUUUCUUUCAAGCUUGCAGAACUGCAUACAAGAUAUGGACCAAUCGUGCGAUUUAGUCCUUGGGAACUCUCCAUCAGAGACCCGGGAUUCUACCAAAACAGUUAUGCCCACGGUUCUGUCCGCCGUACUGAGAGUUUCAUGAGCUACACCGCUUACGACAGAAGCCCCUCGAACCAUUCUUUUCUCGUCGUGCAGUUGAGUUCAAAGAAGACCCGAUUGCUCAGAAGGCACAAUUUAUCGUUGCUCGCAUAG